UAGUUUGCAGGCGGCGAAAGAAGAGGAAGAAGAAGAAGAUGAUGAAAGGUGGAAACGGCGUCGUUGUGUUGUUGUUGUUGUUGGUGGGGCUGUGUUUGGUUGGGGCAGAAGAAGAGAACCUGAAGGAGGAGUGCAGCAAUGACUUCCAGCAGGUGGUGAGCUGCUUCGAAUUCGCGACGGGGAAGGCGGCUGCGCCGAGCAAGGAAUGCUGUGACUCGAUAGAGAGCAUAAAAGAGAGGAAGCCGAAGUGCCUGUGUUUCUUCAUACAGCAGACGCAUAACGGGAACCAGCAGAUCAAGAGUAUGGGCAUUCUAGAGACCAAGCUUCUUCAGCUCCCUUCUGUGUGUCAGUUGAAGAACUCCAGCGUCAGCUAUUGCCCUAAGCUUCUGGGUUUACCAGCAAAUUCACCCGACGCUGCUAUUUUUAGCAAUAUCACGACACCAGCAACACCGGCGGCGACGACGACGAGGACGAGUCCCGGCGGAAGUUCCGGAACUAGGAUGGUAGCCAAUUCUCCCGCCGGUCUGUUGGCGGUGGCCGUGGCGGUCAUCGUUUUCACAGCAUUCCUUCCGCCGAUCAUCACGUAUGAAGGAUAAAACUAUAUUGUUAGGGUGGCGGUUCUUAUGGGAUAAAGUGGAGUGUUGGAGUGUUGUUUUUAUUUGGUUUUUGGUUUUGUUUUGUUGAUAUUUGAGAACAAAAUGUUUAAAUUUUAAGUCUGUUUCGGUUUGUUUCAUUUAUUUUCUGAAGAAUGAAGAUGAGAAGCUCUUACAGGGAAAUCCAUCUCUUCUCACCACCGACCAAGUUGGGUUUGA